GUUACAGAUUCAGCUUUUCUUGACUUUUCAUCCGUUCGGAGCGACAGAGUCUCACAGUGAUGGCAGGGACUCUGAUGGCUUUCAUAACCGCCGUCCUCCCGUGGAUUCUGACAUUGGCUCUGUGUGAAGAUACACCUGUUACCUGCCUCUUCUCUGAGGCCUGUGUGCUGCCGUGCAGCUUCAAACCCUCGCAGAAAGUCCUCAUUCACUGGCUGAUAAUGGAAGAAGUCAUUGUCCAUAGCUAUUAUGAUGGCAAUGACCAACUAGAGCACCAAAAUGGGCGCUACAAAGGACGGACCUCUCUCUUUAGGGACCUGAUCUCUCACGGCAACGCAUCCCUGCUGCUACAGAACACCAGCAUUCAGGACCAGGGCAGAUACAAGUGUUACACCAGCACCACACUGGGCAACCAGGAGUCCUUUGUGAGCCUGAGAGUGGAGGCUCCCAUCAAAUCAGUGAGCAUGGAGAGGACCAGAGAGGGAGUCGCCUGCAUGUCCCAGGGCAUCUACCCCACCCCUCGCGUUUCCUGGUCCACUGAUCCACCCACACCAUCAGGAACUCUGCAGGACUCCAGCCAGCCGACUGCAGAUGCCCAGGGACUGUUCUCAGUGAGCAGCACAGUGAGGAUGCUGGGAAAUCUUUAUGACCACGCCUAUAUCUGCUCCGUGUCCAAAGAGGACGGGACCGGGGAGUGGAGGGCCUCGUUCAGACAGCAAGAGGACAUCCAUGGAGAAGUGGGCCAAACCCUGGCCAUCCCCUGCCCUGUACCAAAGCCCAGCCUCCAGAACUUCACUCAGACCUGGACCUUCAUGGGACAAACCCCGCCCAUCCUCACACACAACAGCAGCACCUCACACCGGCAUAUCUCAGACCUGUGGAAGAACCGGGUUCAGGACCUUUUAGAAACCGGGUCGCUCCUGAUCCAGAACCCAGAGGGCCAGAACCUCACAGGAACGUACACCUGCAAGGUGUUAGCUGACCGGACUCUGCAGCUGGUGCAGACAUAUGUCAACAUUACAGAGAUUGAUCAGAGUGUGAGUCUGAUGGUAACCAGGGGAGAGGAGAAGGACCAGAAGAAAGAGGAGAGGAGGCACAGCCACUGA